AGCUCAGUGCUCUGCAGGUAGUGGAGGAGAGAGGUACUGUUCAUCUCGGUCGUGCGGGCGGGACUUGAACGCAAAAAUGACGGAUGAACAGCAGCAAAACCAGGAAGAUGACAACAACCCAGGGGCGGGGGACAUGAAGACAGCCUUCGCCACGGGCCAGCGAGGAAGAAAGGGCGCCCUGAAGAAGAAAAAUGUCUUUAUUAUCAACGACCAUAAAUUUAUUCCUCGUUUCUUCAAACAACCGACUUUCUGUAGCCAUUGCAAGGACUUCAUCUGGGGAUUUGGAAAGCAGGGUUACCAGUGCCAAAUUUGCAGCUUCGUGGUACACAAACGAUGUCACGAGUUUGUCACGUUUAAAUGCCCAGGAAAGGAUAAGGGAGCUGAUUCAGACGACACCCGUACAAGACACAAGUUCAGAAUUCAGACAUAUGGAUCACCUACUUUCUGUGACCACUGUGGCUCUCUGUUGUAUGGAAUAAUUCACCAGGGGAUGCGUUGUGAGGCUUGCAACAUGAACGUCCACAAAAGAUGUACUGAAAGUGUGCCAAACCUGUGCGGGUGUGACCAUACGGAGAGGCGUGGGCGUCUGGACCUCAAGAUUAACUGCGUGGGCAACAGGAUGACCGUUGAAAUCCUCAGCGCCAAAAACUUGAUUCCUAUGGAUCCUAACGGGUUAUCAGAUCCUUACAUCAAGAUCAAGCUCAUCCCUGGCACAGAUAACAUGAAGAUGAAGACGAAGACUAUAAAGGCAACACUGAACCCCGUCUGGAACGAAACUCUCACUUGUGAGCUGAAGCCUGAGGACAAGGACCGUAGGCUGCUGGUGGAGUGCUGGGAUUGGGACAGAACCUCACGCAAUGACUUCAUGGGCUCGAUGUCCUUUGGUAUCAGCGAGAUCAUCAAGUCCCCGGUGCAAGGAUGGUACAAAUUCCUGACGGAGGAGGAGGGCGAGUACUACAACGUGCCCUGCCCACCUGAAGGAACUGACAUAUCUGUGCUCAAGGAAAAGUUCAGGACUCCAACAGCAACAGACAACCACAUUCCCCAUAAUAUGAACAAGAGGGACAUCAUCAGGGCCACGGAUUUCAACUAUCUGAUGGUGCUGGGCAAGGGAUCGUUCGGGAAGGUGCUGCUGGCUGAGAGAAAGGGCACGGAUGAGCUGUACGCCAUCAAGAUCCUGAAGAAGGACAUCAUUAUCCAGGACGAUGAUGUGGAGUGCACCAUGAUAGAGAAGAGGGUGCUUGCUCUCGCCAACAAGCCUCCAUUCCUUGUCCAGCUCCAUUCCUGCUUCCAGACCAUGGACCGGCUGUACUUUGUGAUGGAAUAUGUGAAUGGAGGUGACCUGAUGUUCCAGAUUCAGCAGUGUGGCAAAUUCAAGGAGCCAGUCGCUGUGUUUUAUGCUGCAGAGAUUGCUAUUGGUCUAUUCUUCCUCCACUCUCGUUCCAUCGUGUACCGUGACUUGAAGCUGGACAACGUGCUGCUUGAUCAGGACGGCCACAUCAAGAUUGCUGACUUUGGUAUGUGCAAGGAAGGCAUCUCUGGCGACAAGACCACCAAGACCUUCUGUGGUACUCCUGACUACAUUGCCCCGGAGAUUAUCCUUUACCAACCCUACGGCAAGAGUGUGGACUGGUGGGCCUAUGGAGUCCUGCUUUACGAAAUGUUGGUUGGCCAGCCACCCUUUGACGGCGAAGAUGAAGAGGAACUUUUCGCUGCCAUCACCGACCACAAUGUGUCCUACCCCAAGUCCCUCUCUAAGGAAUCCAAGGAGUGCUGCAAGGGGUUCCUGACCAAGCAGCCCCAGAAGCGCCUUGGCUGCGGCCCUAAGGGGGAGGAGGAUGUGAGGACCCACCCCUUCUUCAGGAGGAUUGACUGGGAGAAGCUUGAGAACCGGGAGGUGCAGCCACCCUUCAAGCCCAAGAUUAGCAACCCUCGCCUGGGAGAAAACUUUGACCCAGUGUUCCGAAACGCCCGCCUGGAGUUCUCACCGGCUGACAAGAAGAUCAUGGAGCAUCUGGACCCCGACGCAUUCCACGCCUUCACCUACACCAACCCCUUCUACCGCCCCAUCAACGUGGAGCAGCUCUUCAAUGAGGACUAAAGAGGCUCACCGGGGUCGCUCGCCUACUCUCUCCACUUCCCUCUUGUCUUGGUACCCUUGGCGCCUCGAGCUGAGGGUUAACAGGGCUGCCAUGUGUCCUGACUGACUCAUUCUUCCCCUACCCCCGUCAUCCCAAGACUGGAUUCCCCGCCUGACCCCAUGAAGUUGGCACCUGAAAAGACUCCUUCACUCCACCUGCCGGCAAUCAGUGGAAGAUAUCAUGUUACGCUUCCCUUCCCUCCCUUCCCCUCCCUUACUGUGGACUUAUCGUUUGUUCUCGUGGACGUUAUCACCGGAGGAGGGUUUUUUUCACUGCCAGGCGACAUUUACUCACUCAGGUUUGGCAGGGAACCCAGAUGAAUAACCAAGUAAUUAAUGGUAGUAUUAGACCUUCACUGAGUUACUGGGCAGGUUAAGAUUCUCACUUCUCUGGGCUGGCUGUAAGCUGACGCCCAUAGUGUUGUAAGGCUGGUGAUGGUCUGGUAUAGACUUGAUAGGUGUUUAGCAUCACAUCAUUGAAUAGGAUCAUUUGCAUAGCCUCUUCUGCUUGUGUCACUCAACACCACCCUAAGGGGACAGAGGCAUGGAGCAUAUAGGGACAGGCUCCUUCUGUUGUGGUAUCCGUGAAUCGCCAAGUGAGUCGUGUCUGGUUCUUUCCCUAAUCUGUGUUCUGUUCGUUUAUUAAUGGACCAGAUCUCGUGGAUGUCAACUGCUGGCCACUCAUAAGGAAAACUGUCACUAACCUAACCUAAUAUAACUUUUCUUGACUUUUUCCCACUCUCCAUGCUGUGAAUCCCUCAAAAAUUCUAACUCCUCAUCCUUCUGCUUUCUAUUCUUUACUCUAUUUCUCAUCCUGUUUCACUUCUCAAUUCCUUAUCCUUAUUUUUAUCCUCUGCUUUCUCUUUUUCCUUUAUGGUGAUUCAAGUUCUUAUUUCUUCAUUGUUCUUAUCUUUUGUUUCUUUACUCGGUCUUUCUCCUUCUUGUGGUGAAUUUCUUAAGCUUUAAACUCUUUGUUCUUUUAUUCCUCUAUUUGUCUUUAUCUUUGGAGCUUUUAACUCCACAUCCUUCUCUUUUCUCCUGUUUUUUCUCUCUUUUCCUUGUAGUAAAUUUAUCAAAGUUUAAAGUCUCAUUCCUCUCUUUUAUCCUCUUAUAUAUUUUUUUUUUAAGUCUUCAUUCUUCUCUUUAGCCUCUCUUCUCUUCCCACUGGUCUGUUCUCCCUAGUGGUGAAUUUUCCAGGCUCCCUCAGUGCAGACUGGUGUGUCUUGUAGCAUCCAAAACUCAUUGGUAAAAUUGGCCAUUGCUGCAGGUGUGGCCAUCCCUCUUGUGGCCCUGCGCGCGUCACUCCUCCCAUUCAGCCAGGCUUGGUUCGCUUGGUCCACUCAACAUGGCCCGGUUCUUGUGGUCCAUAAAAUGAGGCCUGGCUGCCGUGUCCCAUUGUGGUUCAUUCUGUUGAGAUAUAGACGGAUUUUAGCCUCCUAGAAUUUUUUUUUUUUUUUUCUUUUUUUUUUUUUUUUUCUUGGGAGGGUAGGUCAUGAAGUGGUAUGGUGUCCCUGUCUCCUGUUUAAGUGUUCGUCUCCGCGAUUACUAGAACCUUUAGUGAUUCGUGUGGUAUUUACAGUGUGUCUUCGUUUGCCUGUCAAGUAUUACCACUGCAUUCGUGUCGGGAAAUAGUUACGCGUCUGUCUGUGUGAGUGUACAUGUGUGUGUGUGUGUGUGUUUCUGUGUGAAUGGUUCUUGGGGUGUUGGUCUCUGGCCGCACAAAAUCGUGACACCCCAAGGGGACCAACUGCCUCCAGGAUUGUCGUUUCUGACUCAUCGUAAGUUUGUCACUCAUCAGAGCCGCUCAUUCCAAAGCCUUGUCUUCGCCUAUAUGAUAAAAAAAAAAGUUAUGAAAUUCUAAUCCACAUGGCAGUCUUGAUGCAGAUUGUUUCUCCGCUCCUGUUCAUACUCAUGUUCGUCGCUUAGUGCAUAGCGAGCCGUGACAUGCCGCGAUGUGAUGGUGGAUUCCUACUUAGUGUCAAAUAUACGUAGCUUCCGACCCACCGUGCACACCUCACUAGAACACAAUGUAGAUCCAUGUAUGCUUAGGUGUUGAUCUGAGUGUCUUGCUUGUCGAGGAGGACUGAGGUGCUUGACUCUUGACCCGUGUCACGUCAGCGAGUUGGUGAGGUGAUGGCGACACGUAGUGAAGCACAGCGCCAUGUAGGAGGGAAGGUUUAGACAUUAUGAUCUGAGUAGUGGUGUUGGUCCCCUCAAAGGCACAAAAGAGUCCUCCGUUCCUCAGCUUGACCACUCAGCCUAGUAUUAAACCCCUUAAGUGAAGGCUACUAUUUUGACAAGUGCCAAACUUACACAAAUGUUGCUCUUGCCAGCCGGCAUACAUAGUCGUUCCCUCGUCAAAGCCCUGUAAGUGUAGGAUGUAACUCAGUAACAUGAUUAGCAUAUAAGUUCUGAUUCCUUUCCGUUAUUUCCAAAAUAACGUGGUGGUUGAAUUCUUGUUUCGUGUGUAGCAGAACACCCCUCCGUAAUGAUGACAGAAUGCGUCGUCGUGCAAAUCUUGACAUGCAGCCGUCGACCGCAGCGUUCUGGCGUGUUCAGUGUGUCCCCGUUGAUCUGCCAAGUCUUACUACGUACCAUUACCCAGCUUGCCAGCGAUAGGACAAGUAGACCGGCACGCCGCGUCACACACACACCACAUCCCAGAAACAAGACCGAAGUACUGCUCUGCUCAUCCUGACAACAUGACGGGCGGCCGGCGGGCGCGUCCUGGCUUCCCUCACUCGCCGCCCGCUGCCGCCCAGUUUGUGUUGUGCUAGCCGGGUGCAGGCCAGUGUUUGAGACCGUUAGAGGGGGUGUGGAGGGUGUGGUGUGCGUGUGGUUACAACAUUGAAGAGAAUUCCAUGGGCCAACUCCAUUUGACGUAUCUUUGAAUUCCAUGUUUGUGGAGAUUUGUCACUGUUUCCCAAGCAAUGUGUGUCUUCUCUCAUGUUCCCAGAUUUAGAUAAAAGAAAAAGUAUAUAAAAAAAACGCACAUUUUAUUUGCUCUCGAUGUACUUUUAGCGCCAGGAAUUCAACCAUCAGUGCAUCAUCAACAUUCUUUAAGAACAAUGCACGUUUUCUGUUACUGCUAAGUUUUCACGAUGCUGUGCUCUACGAGGUGGUGGCAUAGCACUGUCUGAGGUGCGGGUGUGCUGGGGUGUGGUUGGUGUGCCUGUCUGUGGCUAAGGAAGACAAGAAGUGACCCGCGAACACCUCCAGGCACACGCACUCAUACCUUACCGUGGUGAGUCAAGCUAAGAACAUUCCAUUGUAGUCUAGGAGGAAGGCACACACUGACAUCUUAAAUAGUUCCCGUAUAGCCACCGCAGUGCGUCACCCUUAUGGUGCUCCAUUGACUGGCCGACAGAUGUUUGGCCGUCUGUACUAACCCGGUGCAUUCUAGCAUAGGGUGUGACAAUGGCUGAUGUCGCGCCUUGUCGCCGUCACCUCAGACUAGCAUCUUCCGUAGCAAAUUCUUCUCGUAAAUCAUAGUAUAAAUUAAAUUCUCCACUCAAGUACCAGCGAUACUCAGAUAUUGUAGUUCCCCUGGUGUUUUUUUGUGAGCGUUUUCUUUGGAGAGUCCCACUAGCGGUCCUUGUUUAGCCGUGUGUUGGGCAUUGCAGGGCAUGAGGGAAUCCAUAAGUGUCCACCAAACCCUGGCAUAUUCUGAUAACACUCUUCCAUUACCGCUGUCCAUGCGACUGAUGAGCCCAGGUAUAUAAGUCUUAAAUCAGAAUAUUCUAGGGCUUAGAAAGGGUUAACAGCUCGCUCAGGCCCCCCAAUACCCUCCCUCACUCGUCUCCCUCCCCUGCCAGUUCAAUAGCUUGGUGUGUCUGGGUAAGCGCCACGCAGCCGUCGUCACAUCGUCACAUCAGCACCAUCACAGCAAAGACUCGGAGCAUUGCGCUGUUUGGCGUCUGAAAAGCACUGAUUUGUGGCAUGUUUCAGUCCCUACAUAAAGAGCAUGUGUGUUCUCGUACGCCAAAAAUGUGUGAUAAAGGAAUAUUGUAGCACCGUUCUCCCAUUAGAUGACUUAUUGCAGUUCUUGCGUUGCUCGGCACAGAUACGUAAGGUUAAGCAAGGUUUCCAGUCUACUACAGGUUUAGUCGUUGGUUUAGUAGUUAAGUAAGUGCUGAGAGUAUUCUUGUUGUCCCUUAAGAUUUGUGACAGCCGUACUAAGUGACAUUUUAGUAUUAUUAGUCUCAGAUGAUAUACGAUUUAGAGCAAGUUAGCUUUUUAUUAACAAGUUGCAGUACAUAUAUACCGUUGUUGUAUUUUAAAUUAUACCAUAUUAUAGUUAUGCUUGACGCUCAUAAAGAGGAAUACUAGUGUAAACUUUUAAGGAAUUUGAUCACUGUGUUGUAUAUUAUUAAUGCACAUUUAAGCAACUUUGGCCUCUGUGAUGCUUUUAUGAGUAAACCCUUUGUCUUCCACUCUCCUCCCUCGAACUCUCGCGGCGGCGGCGGUGGCGGCGGUGCUAACUGCCCGCUGCCUCCCGUGCGCCGGAGUUUGAAUGUGACUGUCGCUCGCAUGCUCUCAAUUGCGUUCACCACUCGGAGAUAAUUGCAACCUUUCCCCCCCAGUAUGCUUUGCCCUCAUAACAAUAGGCUUGUAUAGUAAUGUACAAUAACUCACAGUGGUUUGUUGUGACCCUUUAGUCAUAUAAAUAAAUGAGCACAUGAUAUUCUUUGCGUUUCCCUGGAAAAAUUUCAAACACGCAGUCUAUCUACCGUUGGACAACAAAAGAAAAUGUGGUGCGUAGCCAAAUGUUUCAGACGUAGACUAAAGCAAACUGAAGGAAAAGGUUCGAUGCACUUUCAUUACAUUCCAUUUCUACAAUCAGACCAUGACGAUAAAUAUUUCUGAGCCUAGAAGGUUGGAAGACUGCUGUAUGCUUCUGAAUACCCAAGGUCACCCCACACUGGGAUGGUCUCAGCUUAACCUAACCCAACACCGCACCGUUUAAUCUCGUACUAGGCUUAGCUUGUAUGCAUCAAAUACGUUACUCAGUCACUACCACAAAGUUAAAAAAAAAAAAUGUGUGUAGAUUACGUGGUGGUACGUGACUAAAUAUAUCCAUCUCUCCACCCCUGUCAUCGUGUUUGGUGGCAUUUUUACAUUCAGUACUUGGUGUCUGUUUGGUAUAUCGAUGUUUAGCUGAUGUGAGAAUGGUCAGUCCCGUGGCACUCAGAACCUUAAAUGUACUAUAUUAGUAAUGCAUUUAGCCUCAAUAAGUAUGUAAAGUAAAGUUUAGGUCAAGCCUUGAAGGACAUAAGUUGUAGUGAAGGUUGUAUGAGGAAUGCACAAAACAGACAUUUUUAAUCUUAGUAAUUCAAGAAAUGGCACAAAGGAAAGCAUAAUUUUGGUUCAGCUAACCAACAUAGAAAAUUUUCUUUGUUUAUACAACGUUUUAAAAAACACAUGACUCGUGAAAUUUAUUCGUACUACCGUGAAUUGUAGAGAGAUUCUUUAUGAUUUUUUAUCUUAAGUCGCCUAAAUCUUGAUAUGUGUAUAAACCCCCUCAUUGAAGAACAGAGGCAAGGAACGUGUAGGCAGAUGCACCGCCUUGGUCCACACGGCACAGGCUCAGGCAAACAUCCACCUUUACUAGUGAGAGACACUUGCUGUCAGUCAGAAUACGGAAACCUAAAUUACUGUCACACAACUUCAGUCACUGUAGAGGCAACAAACUUGGUAGAAUCACAGCCAAAUUACGUACACUCAUCCCGGACGUAGCCAAACUUGACCAAAAUGAAACCACGAAGCAUUACUUGGUGUUGCCGAGACUGUGCCGAGUUGUGUGUGGCAAAGGUUGCACCACAGCAGCAGGGUCGUGGUGGUGCUGUGUGUGGUUGUGCCGUGCUCCACAGCACCAAGGGCUGUGGGGAGGCGGUGCAGGGUGAGGUGCAGGAGGAGGGUAGGCACUAAGGACAUUCCUAACAGAGGGGGUGACUGUGAGUGACCCCCUGAUUACAUUUGUAGCUAAAGAAGGAAGAAUCAUUAGGAAGCUCCUGUCAAUCAUUCUAGUUAAAUGUUGUUGACCCAAUACUGCAGAUUCUACUAUGGGAAUAUUGUAAUGUUUUGGUAUCAGUGUUUAUUUUUAUAAAGCUUAUCCGGUUUAAGAGAAGUAAGUGCGUUAUGCAGUCAGUAGCGAGUGCAUGGCCAAGGUAGCAUACUUAUGGGUGUGUUAGUGAAGAAAUUUUACAUUCUAAAGUGACUUAGCAUCAUAUUCCACUUUGAACUGUUAGUCUAGUUUGUAUACCGUAUAACACACGGACCCCAACACUCCCACCCACUGCUAAGUCACAGAGAGGUCCUCAGGGAAGCAACUCAUAAGAGGGACCGAGGGCCCUCGAGGCAGGCUGCUGGUGCCCGCUGUGUUUGGCCCUCUUUCAAUCUGGCAGGUCAGAUUCAUAAUAUCCACGGACUGUCUUUUUGGCUUAGCCUAAUGUUAUGACCACCAAUUUAUCCAUUAAUGCCCCCCAGUUGUCAAACUUUAAAAUUAUAAAUUAUAUAAGUUAAUAAAACAAAAAUAUUU